AUGACAGUUGAAGAAUCAUCUCCAUCUACUAUAGUUUUUGCUAAAUCAAGUCUGAAAGCAGAACAACAGAUCAUCUUUGAACAACUUAUUUCUCAACUUAAUAUUCGUUAUUCAAAUGCAGUUGAUGAAACAACAACUCAUGUAAAAACGGAUUCAUUAGACGAAACUACUCCACUUAUCUAUUCAUUAACAUUGAAAGUUAUUCAAGCAACUGCUCGUCGUUUACCGAUAAUUAGUAUUCAAUGGCUGGUUGCAUCAAUAACACAUCAAAUCAUAGUACCAUCACAAAUCUAUGAAAUAUUUUUAGAUAAUCCAAUAUAUGGUUAUUAUGGUGGUUUUCUUCGUUCAUGUAUUCCUCGUUCACAAGGACUUUUUCAAGGCAUUGAAUUUCGUUUAGAAUGUCCAGAACAACAUGACCGAAAGAAAAAUGAAAUAUCGGCACUGAAACAACAUAAAAAAGAUUUAGCAACAGUUAAUCCAGAAUUUUAUAAAUUUUUGAGAAAUGAAGACGAGAGUUUACCACAUUUUAAUGUUAAUGAAGAUGAUGAACCGAUUUCCGAUGAUGAUCCAGAACAACAAAUUCAUCAAUUACCUGAACAACUUAUUGAAAUGGAACCUUCCUCUGAUAAAAAAAAUCAACCAACAUUAAAUACAAUUCGACAUGUAACACGUGCUUUUGGUUUAGCUGUUCAAUCAGUUUAUGGUGGUGCUGAUGUAUCAGCUGAUACAGAUCAAGCAAACAACAAAAAAGAAAAAGAAACAAUUAAAACUGGUGCAAUUGAUGAUCAAUUUAAUGUGAUUGUUCGUCUAUGUCUUAAACAAUUGUUACCAGCUAUCUAUCGAUUUCUUCGUAUAAAAAUUGCUACAACAAGUAAAUUAAAACCAGAAACAAGUUCCAAUUGGAAAUAUAUUGAACAAAUAAUGAAAAAAAUAUUUGAUUAA